AUGCUCCCAUCUAUUGCCAUAUGUAUUUUAUUUGCGACAGUCGCCUUCUCACAAAACCCCGACUGUUUGGAUGGCUGUGUCUGCGACCAGCUCGAUGCGGUCAUACGAUGCGACCAUGGCAGCCGAACAAAACUUCAAAUUCCGGAAACGCCUCUUUACGGCUAUAAAUUUAUUGCUUUGACCUGUAAUCAAAUUGAGAAGCUCCCCAGCGAGGGUAUCAUCAAAGCCGCAUUCCCAGAUAUUCAGGGCAUUGACGUGCAAGGAAAUGUCGAUUUUGCUUCGUCUGUGGAAAUGCUGAACCAACGAAUUGCACUAUCAACAAGGGGUGCGAUUGGAAAUGCGCCAGCUACAACAAAUGGUCGAGCUGUGGAAGCACACAUCGUCAACGAGAAAGGUCCUGAAUUCAAGGCCACCCUUAAACAGAAAUACGAAGAUUCCGGCGCAAAAGAGCUGGGAAGCACGUCGUGUGCCUGGCGACCUCCAUUUUACCUGCUUUGCAUCGCCGAUCCGAGCGAUUACUUUGCUGUUAAUGCCACGCAUCCAGUUCGUGUCCUCCUCAUCGUCGUCUUUGCCCUCGAGCUCGUCGCUGCGUUCAUGGCUUUUGAAAUCACACAACGUCCGCCGCUUCGUCAGAGGCGAGCACUUACGAUACUGUACGCAACCGCUUCUGGGACUGACGCGAAUUAUCCGAUCGGCUAUGGACCAGAUCAGACUUGU